GUGAAGACGCAGCAUGGCUGUCCGAUAGUUGAAUUCGAUUCAUCGUAUGGUACACUUUUACAGAAAAGUUCGCCCGUGUUUUUCGCUGGCCUAUCGCUUAUAUUCCGUAAUGACUACAGCGAAACACGUGAAGGCGGCUCUCAUAGAUUUGAGCGGCACGUUGCACGUUGAUGACAAGAUCAUUCCAGGGGCCGUCAAAGCACUAGAAAGACUACGUGCUGGGAUCCAGAUCAAAUUCGUGACAAACACGACGAAGGAAUCACGGCGACGACUGCAUGAGCGGUUGGUUAGUUUAGGUUUCAAGAUUUCCGCGGACGAAAUUUUCUCGUCCUUGACAGCCGCCAGGACUUUCAUAGAGGUGCGGAACCUGAGACCUCACCUGAUGGUGUCCGAGGCUGCUAUGGAAGAGUUUGAAGGUAUGAAUACAAAUGACCCCAAUGCUGUACUUAUUGGACUGGCACCAGAAAAAUUUAACUACACUCCUAUGAAUGAAGCAUUUAGGCUAGUACUGGAUGGAGCCGUGCUUGUUGCAAUACACAAGGCACGCUAUUACCGCACUAAUGACUGUCUGGCCUUGGGACCGGGUCCAUUUGUGAGGGCGUUGGAGUUUGCCACUAACAAGACAGCCGAGAUUGUAGGCAAACCUGACAAGACGUUCUUCCUGACUGCUCUCAGACAACUUCAUGCCUUACCAGAAGACACUGUUAUGAUUGGUGAUGACGUUCGCGAUGACAUCGACGGGGCUCAACAAGUUGGAAUUCGAGGAAUUCUAGUAAAAACAGGGAAAUAUAUGGUCGGCGACGAGAUCAAGAUAGAGAAUCGUCCUUGGGCGUUAGUCCCGUCGUUUGUCGAUGCAGUGAACAUGAUACUGAAGCCGAAGGUGUAGAAAGCGUUGUAUAUUACAGGACUUUUAUGCAAGAAAAGGGGGCUUCAUAUUGUCUAAUAAAGCACUUACACACAAGAU